AUGCUUCUGAGAUCAAGUUCUCUCACCCCAUCACUCUCCGCAGCUAUUCCUGCACGCACAGCAAACAGCUACAUCAGACGCCAACGACCUGUUCGACAAAAUGCCACAGCCGCUUACACCAACACUUCCCCGCCAUUUUCACUACUCCAGCAACUCCCCCCUAAAUCCGCCUACGUCCACCUCCCCUUCUGCCGCCGGCGCUGCCACUAUUGCGACUUUCCUAUCAUCGCCCUCGGCUCCGACCAGAAUACGAGCGGCACAGAUGACCCGAGAAUCUCCAGCUACGUCGGCACUCUGUGCAGGGAAAUCGAGGCCACGGCCGCUUCGGGCCAAUCCCUCGGGACGGUGUUUCUGGGCGGUGGGACCCCCUCGCUUGUCCCGCCCCGCCUCGUCCACUCCGUCCUCUCCGCGCUCUCCGUCAAGUUCGGUGUGCGAGCGGAUGCGGAAAUCUCGAUGGAGAUGGACCCCGGCACGUUUGAUGACAUGGCACUGAGGGAUUUGAUGGGUUUUGGCGUGAACAGGGUUUCGCUCGGGGUGCAGGCGUUUCAGGACAAGCUGCUGAGUGCGUGCGGCCGCUCCCAUGGCCUGCGCGAGGUUCAUGAGGCCAUUGAAAUUGUGAGGUCGUGUGGGGUCCGCAACUGGAGCAUAGACCUCAUAUCAUCGCUCCCCCAUCAGACGCCGGCCAUGUGGGCCCAGAGUUUGAGGCUUGCAAUCGAGGCUGCGCCCACGCACAUUUCCGUGUAUGAUCUGCAGCUGGAGCGCGACACCAAGUUUGGAGCCCUAUACAGUCCUGGUGAGUUUCCUCUACCUUGUGAGAAUGAGUCCGCUGAGUUUUACCGAACGGCCUCCGGAAUGCUUAGGGAUGCAGGCUACGAGCAUUACGAAAUCAGCAGCUACUGCAAGCCCGGAUACCGUUGCAAACACAACAGCACAUACUGGAAAAACGAGCCCUACUACGCUUUCGGGCUAGGUUCGGCAAGCUACAUUCGUGGAGUGAGGUUCUCAAGGCCGAGGAGGCUCAAGGACUACGUGGAUUACGUGAAAACUUUGGAAGAUGGAUUGACUGAUUGUGUGGGCCCCACAGAUGCUAAGGAUUUGGCAAUGGAUGUUGUGAUGCUCUCUCUCAGGACAGCCGACGGCUUGGAUUUGAGACGUUUCAGGGAAGCUUUUGGGGACUCGGUCACGCGUUCCAUUUGCAAGGUCUUCACACCUCAUGUGGAGAGCGGGCACGUCAUCUUCUUGGACGAGCAAGGAAGAUGUGAAUGUAUGCCGGGUGAUGGGUGUGGAUUUCUAAGGCUGAGUGAUCCGGACGGUUUUCUGUUGUCCAACGAGCUCAUAUCUCUUGCUUUUGCCACCAUUUCUCCAUGA